GGAAACAAAAUUAAUUAAGAAAGACCUUCUUUGUUCACAAUAUGGCCAAAAUGACAAUAACACACAUGAAGUUUCUUCAACUGUUGUUAUCUUUAGUGCUCUUUGUAUUCUCAAUGUCAAAUGCAAUGCCAAUCUCAGACGUACAUAAUUUUUGCAAGGAAACGUUUGAAGUAGAAUUCUGCAUGAAAUACAUUGGGUCGGACCAACGUCUCGUAGCCGCACGCGACUUCAGUGACAUGCUUUUAAUUCCGAUAUCUGAGACUCAAAUUCAAGUGACCAAUGCAAUCACACAAAUCAACAAUAUCCGCCAAAGGUUUAAUGACACGCUUGGAAAGAAUCGGAUCGCUCUAUGCGAGGAAAAAUACGAGAGCGCGGGCACUAGUUUUCACAAGGCUUGGGAAGUCGGACAGAAAAAGUCAAAUUCAUCGACGGACCAUAUGGAAAUAACCCGAAACACGCAAGCUGGCUUUGAUGCUGUGUGCGAGUGCGAAGACGAAUGGGCAAAGCAUGGUCCGAAACAAGAGUCUCCUCUCACUUUCUAUUACCAUAACGUUCUGAAACUAUGCCAAAUUACUCGUCUUAUUAUCAGCAAGCUUUAGGCUUAAGUACGUCGUAUUGGAAUUUGAUUUAUUUACGAUAUUAACUGGUUUAGCUUAUUCACUCACACGUUUAUUAACACCGAUUGUUCUCUGCUUCUAGUUGUAAACCCGAUUUUUGAAACUAUAUGUAUUUAUUGGUUUAAAUGAAUAAAACCUUUGUGAUGUUUUUGAUAAUUUAUCAUCAUUCCGU